UUCUUAUUUCCCAUAUUUUCAAGUUUCUAACUUGUCCUCUUUCUCAAAUCUCUUUCCUCAAGAUUUCAAGGUCAUUACUCCAAAAAAGAGGUUUUUUUUUUUUUUUUUUUUGUUAACAAAACCACAAAAUGGCUGUGGCUAUGGCUGUUUGGAGUGUUGGUCUUCACUCCAGUGCUGCUCAUAAUGGCUUGAGAGCGUUGGAAAAAACCGUUUGCAGUGCCCCUUUUUUGAAGGCCUCAUCUGGGUUUGCUGCUACUAAGCCAUUCUGCAUCCGUAACAAAAGAUUGUCAUCUUCUGGAACUACAAUUAUCCCUCGAGCAGCACCAGUUACUGAUGUGGAGGAUGGAAACCAAGGCGAGACUGAUACUACUCCAGUUCCCAUAGUUAUAAUUGACCAAGACUCUGAUCCAGAUGCAACUGUGGUGGAGAUAACUUUUGGUGACAGGCUUGGGGCACUUCUUGACACAAUGAAUGCAUUAAAACACUUAGGUCUCAAUGUUGUUAAGGCAAAUGUCUUUCUGGAUUCAUCUGGCAAGCACAACAAGUUUUCCAUCACAAAAGCUGACACUGGCAGAAAAGUGGAAGAGCCAGAAUUGUUAGAGGCAAUUCGAUUGACAAUUAUAAAUAAUCUGCUUCAAUACCAUCCAGAAUCAAGUUCCAGGUUAGCAAUGGGAGCAGCUUUUGGACUUGUGCCUCCAAAAGAGCAGGUUGAUGUAGACAUAGCAACCCACAUAAACAUUUCUGAUGAUGGCCCAGAUCGAAGUUUGCUGUAUGUGGAGACAGCUGAUCGGCCAGGAUUACUGGUUGAUCUUGUAAAGAUUAUUACUGACAUUGACAUUGCUGUUGAAUCAGGAGAGUUUGACACUGAGGGGCUCUUGGCUAAGGCAAAGUUUCAUGUCAGCUACAAGGGUAAAGCAAUCAUCAGGCCUCUCCAGCAGGUUCUUGUUAACUGCUUGAGAUAUUUCUUGAGGCGUCCGACAACUGAAGAAUCCAGUUUUUGAGUGGCACUUCUUAGAACUCAGUGCAAGACAUUGUAUUCUCUUUUGGAAUAUAAUUAACCACCAUGGAAUUGUACAAUGUUUCCAUUCCUUUUGUCAUGUGAAGGACAAAUCAAGAAUAUGGUUUACCUAUAGCCACAAUUAAUCAUAAGAUUUAAUCAACAUAGAUAGGAUUGUAAAUCCACUCAGAUAAUAAA